AUGGGCGGGGGAAACGGGCAGAAGGCCAAGAUGGCAAGAGAGAGGAACAUGGAGAAGCAGAAAGGGGCAAAAGGUGGGUGCAACCCGCACAGAUCUCUCGUUGCUUUCUUGAAUUUCGGUUUCAUCUACCUGUGUUUUUUCUUCUUCCCGUCUUCGAAUCGCUAUGAAUUUGGAUGAGAUCUGAAGAUCCGUCUUUGUUGGUGUGACCGUGCAGGUAGCCAGCUCGAGACGAACAAGAAGGCCAUGACCAUCCAGGUUUGAUUCCCCGUCCACCUAUCUUCUCAUUCAUUUUAUCGCAAAUUCUUAUGAUACGUGGUCCUGUUGUUUGCUUUUUAAUAGAGCCCUAGAACGAUUGAAAGAAAUUAACGGAAACGACAUAGAUUUUCCCAUUUACCUCCGAUCUGCAACGAAUUUUGCCACCGUAAUGUGUCGGGGGUGACUUUAGAAAAAAGGCAGAGGACUCUUAUGCUUGUUUGGAGGAAAGAGAAGUCUCGUCUUUCUGGGACCCCGCUGAAGCGUCUGAGAAUGUGUUGGUAGUAGAUCUACCAUAAAUCCGGUGAAUAAGUUUCCAGAAACUCAACCUCUACGUAUGAUAGAUGCUGAUUCCCCAGGAAAUUCUUAUCCAAAUAGUUUCUACAAUGCAAAAUUUUCAAUUAAUAAUUUUGGAAAAUAUAUGUUUCUGAGGGAAGUCAGAUCUUGUCCGAUCGCAAUGAUCUAAUCCUAUAUGCGCUGAAAUCGCUCGGAGAGCAUGGUCAAAAGGCUUUCAGUGAUCUCUCGAUAACGUAGAUUAUAAUUCUUCGUUGUUGGUCAGAGCGAUUCAAAGCUUGUUCACCUAUUUAUUCGAUUGUAGAGCUGCGAAGACUGUCAUGAGCAGAUCUCAUCCAUUCCUCAUCAUGUUUGUAUUGUGUGAUACUGACAAUCGUUCUGGGAGGAGUGCCGGCCCAUCGCUUCCUUCUCUAGAAAGAUUUCCAGGGACUAAAAUACUGCAAAUAUAUGGCAGAAGCCAGUGAAUUCAGUCCUGCACACAGGUAAAACCAUUUAAUCAGAACCCUUUGAGCCCUAUCGGGAAAUUUCCUGCUAGCAAGUGGGAAUUAUUGCGCCCAUUUCAUGUAUGAAAUCUUCUGUAGGACCCAAACUCCUGUCGUGUUAUUUGCUCAAUGUACAUUUUGUUCAAGCUAAAUCCCUAACAAAGGAUUAGGGUUGGUUUGAGCCAAUCAGGAAGUUUCCCACUUCAAAGUGAGACUUAUUGCCUCCAUUUCGUGUAUCAACUUUGUUGGAGUAGCCUAACCACAUCAUGUUAUUAACUUCAUGCGAAGCUUGUUUAGGUUAAAUCUCCUCUAAAACAUUAGCCUUGCAUCUGCUGGACUCCUUGAGUAACAUGAUUCUGUGCUGUUUCUAAGAAGGAACGAUGCAUUAUUUCAGAUGCUUACUGAAAAGAAUAUCAUUUUCAUGUGCACGAAUUGAUGAUACUCCAAGCUUUUUUUCUAUCGGUUUACUGUCGAGAAGGCUAGAAAAGGUCAAGAAAUGUGAAGUUAGGUUGAUUCUCCUCAGAUUAAAAAGCGGGUAUAUCAGGCGGAUUACCACGAAAAGGGAAUUGUCCCAUGGUGGGAACUAGGAACUGCCCUUUUUGGUGCAGGACGAUGCCACCUGACGUUCAUUCUUGUUCACUAGGAAUUAUUUCAGAAGCAUGGCCUAAGGUCAUACCUCGUACAUCUUUCUGCUUCCAGGUGGUGAUUCUCUGUGGUUUUUGAAGAGAGAUUGUACAUAUUGCCGCAUUCGGCAUAUCUUUAAGAGAGGGAAAAAAGAAGAACGUUAGGUCAACUCUAACGGAAGAAUACGAUUAUUCUUACUUUAUAAGACGAUUAAAAAUGGCUGGAUAUAGAGAGGGUUCUAACCAGAACGUUUUCCCAGAGGGUUUGCUUGUGGCUAUAUCAGCUGAUUUGUCUCUGAAUAUAGUUGACUUGUCCUGUAUUUAUGGAUGCAAAGUCAACUGAACAAUAUUAAUUUGUGUGAUUGUUGAUCAAAACGUAUCUGCCGAAAACUUCUGUCAAACGAGUUCGUGAAACCAAACGAAUGAUCAUGCGAUGCUUGCAUCUACAUGCUAGUAGGAUAUCAGCUAGAUAACUCUGCAUAUAUGGCCCAAUGAUUUUUUACCUUGCACAAAACUGGACCUGAAUCCAUCCAUUUCUCGCGCAAAAAAAAAAAAAAAGUUUUCUUCCUAUUUUUAUUAACUCCUUUUUUAAGUAAUUUCUCAAUUUUUUUAUGUCAUCAUCUGCAUGUCUGGAGAGGGCUGAAUGACGUUAGUUUCUGAAGCAAAUCAGAACCCACAUGAAGAAAAUUAUUAAAAAAACAUUUUCUUUCUUUAUUUUUUGUGACCACCCCCUCAGAACAAAAAAAAAAAAAAAAAGGAGAACUCCCAUUGUGUCUAGAUGACGCUGUUCCAGUCUCUUUUCUUUUUUUUCUUUCUUUUAUUCAUCUAUUUUCGAGAAUUUAUUUAUUUAUUUAUUUAUUUAUUUAUUUAUUUAUUUAUUUAUUUGGUUAUAUUUCUUUCAGUGCAAGGUAUGCAUGCAGACAUUCAUCUGCACCACUUCGGAGGUGAAAUGCAGGGAGCAUGCGGAGGCAAAGCACCCGAAGAACGACGUUUAUCUGUGCUUUCCCCAUCUCAAGAAAUAG